ACACGCACGCACUAAGUUAAACUUUUGUGGAAAAAAGUUAGCAUGAAUGUUUAAAACUUACAUCAAUGGAGCAACCAAUGGCAUACAAAGGGAUGAUUUUAUAUGCUUUUGCAGAAAAAAGGCAUUCCUUCUUACUUGGGUCUUCAUUCUUGCUCUUCUCAACAGAAUGCUGGUGUUUUAAGAUGAAUGGAGGAGUUCAGAAGACACAUGGAUUACCCCUUUGGUAACCAGGUGAGAGAAAGACAUCUUUACACAGACAAUCACAGAAGAGGAAUGUAUCUCCAAAUAACACUGGAUGGACAAGUAUCAGGGAGUGACAGCCAAACUCAAUACAGUGUGUUAGAGCUUAAAUCUGUUCAAACUGGAGAGGUGGUCAUCAUAGGACGCAAGUCGUCUCUCUUUCUAUGUGUUGACGGCAGAGGACGUCUUAGAGGCCAGAGCCAUUACACUGAAGCAGAUUGCACCUUCAGGGAACUCCUUCUGGCUGAUGGAUACACACGCUUUAUUUGUUCCCAUUAUGGACUUCCUGUUUCUUUGGCCCCAAAACAUUCCCAGGAUCGACAUGUGGUCUCCUUCACAAGAUUUCUGCCUCUUAGAAACACUCUGUCUGAGGUGGCUGCCACUGCAGAAGGAAUCGGCAGACAACCUUAUGUAAACCUGGACUCUCAUGACCCAUUUGGAAUGGAAACUGCUGUGGUUAGUCCACAAAUAUUUAUUAAGAAAUAGUCUACUGCUUUAAUAUUUAUAUUAUUGUACAA